CACAACCAGUGACGGUGAGAGUGCCGAUGAUGAGUCGUCCAAUCCGGAAACUCCUCAUGACUCCGAUGAGGAUACAACAGGUGAUUCAGCUCAGGUAAACAGUUUAAGGACUUUUACAGUGUUAUUAUUUUGA